AUGGACAAAGAGAUGGGUGUCGCGGUCGUGUUUGACGGCGACGACCAAGAAGAGGGCUCCGACAACGACGAAAUUCGCGACGACGACGAUGACGGAGACGAGCUGAUGCGCGAAGGCAUGCGCUUGAUCGACUGGAUGAUGAACGAAGGAAUCAACGGCGGUCUCGACGACAUUGACGCGUUUUGGUUGCAGCGCGAGCAAGGUGCACACGGCUCAAGCAAGCGCAGUCGAAUGCGGAGCGACUUGCGAUCGAGCGACGGGGCCAUCGAAACCUUCAAAAUCGUGUACAUGCAUGAGAAUACCGACACUCACGGCGCCCAAGUGCGGCGAUCAAACCUGAGCAGUUGCGACGACCUGUGCAAGACCCACAUCAUCGUCGCAAGUUGCUGGGUGACAGACACCCUACUGGUUGGGCUGAUGAUCAAAUCCACUUAUGCCCCGUGUUGGUGGUAA